UUACAACCUCCAUCUUACAUGCUAAAUUUGCAACCAUGGAUUCCACUCGAACCCCACCUCAAGGCCUAACUCCUGAAGAGCACAUUGAACUCAGGCUUCUGAUCGACACAUAUCACAGCUUUGACCCAAAACCAAACACAUGCACAUCUCUAAUAACGCAACGAAUCGAAGCGCCAGCCCAAGCAGUGUGGCCUCUCGUUCGAAGCUUCGACAAUCCCCAGAAAUACAAACACUUCAUCAAGAACUGUAACAUGAGCAGUGGCGAUGGCGGAGUAGGGAGUAUAAGAGAAGUAACAGUCGUUUCGGGCCUCCCGGCAUCGACCAGUACUGAAAGGCUAGAGAUUUUGGACGAUGAGAAACAUAUAUUGAGCUUUAGGGUCGUCGGAGGGGAGCAUAGGCUGAAGAAUUAUCUGUCUGUUACGUCGGUGAAUGAGUUUAUUAAAGAUGGGAAAAUUUACACCGUUGUUUUGGAGUCUUAUACGGUGGAUAUACCAGAGGGAAAUACUGGGGAGGAUACGAAAAUGUUCGUUGAUACUGUGGUUAAGUUGAAUCUGCAAAAGCUUGGUGUUGUGGCUAUGGCUUCUCUUCAUGAACCAGCAGGAGAUCAAUGACAAUGGAGAUUAUUAAAUUAAUUACAAAGGUGGUUGGCUGUAAGACUUUCUCUAAAAUCCUAGUGGCUAGUUUGGUACUUGCAAGUAUGUUCUCUCUCUUGGUUUUCUUCCCUUUCGUUUUCUUGUUUUCUUCUUGCUCUUAAUUAUUUGAUUAGGCACUUGAAUUCAGAUAUAUUGUUGUUGGGUAUUAUUUUAAAUAUUAUGUUUUGCUUUAAUA